CUACGUCAACCACCGCUAGAGCAACACCGAUAACCCACCCCACCCCUCGUAGAAGCUUUUCAUCCCCACGACACGUCCCUGCCGUCACCUCCGCCCUUGCUCCGAUACAUCUUGUGUUCCUUUAUUGCUGCCAAUUGACCUACAGCCCUUUGCGACUACUCUCUACGCAAAGCGAUCGCAAUCCACCAUACCACAACUGCCAUGGCGGACACGGUCAUCCAGCCUCAACACGAGGAAGUCAAUGCCGGCAACAUGGAGCUCAAGGACAACACGAUUAUAGUGGUUCUAGGUGCCUCCGGCGAUUUGGCCAAGAAGAAGACCUUCCCCGCCCUCUUUGGCCUCCACCGAAACAACUUCCUCCCCAAGAACAUUCGCAUCGUCGGAUAUGCGCGGACAAAGAUGGACCAUGAGGAGUACCUCAAGCGCGUCAAGUCCUACAUCAAAACACCAACAAAGGAACUAGAGAAGCAACUGGAAGAGUUCUGCGGCUUCUGCUCGUACGUCUCUGGCCAGUAUGACAAGGACGAGUCUUUCCAAGAGCUCGAAAAGCAUUUGGGAGAGCUCGAGCAGGGGCGCAAGGAGACCAACAGAAUAUUCUACAUGGCUCUCCCGCCCAGUGUGUUCAUCACAGUCUCUCAGCACUUGAAGCGCAACUGCUACCCCAAGAACGGCAUCUCUCGAGUUAUUGUCGAGAAGCCGUUUGGCAAGGAUCUCCCAAGUUCAAGAGAGCUUCAGCGCGCACUUGCACCAGACUGGACUGAAGACGAGCUCUAUCGAAUCGAUCACUACCUAGGCAAAGAGAUGGUCAAGAAUAUUCUUAUCCUCCGAUUUGGUAACGAGUUCUUUGGAGCAACCUGGAACAGGAACCACAUCGAUAACAUUCAGAUCACUUUCAAGGAGCCUUUCGGAACAGAAGGACGAGGCGGUUACUUCGACGAGUUCGGCAUUAUUCGUGAUGUCAUGCAGAACCACUUGCUGCAGGUGCUCACUCUCCUUGCUAUGGAACGACCAAUCUCCUUCUCCGCUGAAGACAUUCGCGACGAGAAAGUCCGUGUCCUCCGCGGUAUGACUGCGAUCGAACCCAAGAACGUCAUCAUCGGACAAUACGGAAAAUCGUUAGAUGGCUCAAAGCCCGGAUACAAGGAGGAUGACACAGUGCCCAAAGACUCUCGUUGCCCCACCUUCGCCUCCAUGGUAGCCUACAUCAAGAACGAGAGGUGGGACGGCGUGCCUUUUAUCCUGAAGGCAGGAAAAGCGCUCAACGAGCAGAAGACGGAAGUCCGCAUCCAGUUCAAGGAUGUCACUUCGGGGAUUUUCAAGGACAUUCCACGAAACGAACUCGUCAUUCGAGUACAGCCCAACGAGAGUGUCUACAUCAAGAUGAACUCGAAGUUACCUGGUCUCAGCAUGCAGACGGUCGUUACAGAGCUUGACCUUACUUAUAGGCGGCGAUUCUCAGACUUGAAGAUCCCCGAGGCAUACGAGUCGCUCAUUCUCGACGCGCUCAAGGGUGAUCACUCCAACUUUGUUCGUGACGACGAACUCGACGCCAGCUGGAGGAUCUUCACGCCUCUGCUACAUUACCUUGACGACAACAAGGAGAUCAUUCCUAUGGAGUAUCCUUAUGGUUCUCGCGGUCCUGCGGUAUUGGACGACUUCACUUCUUCCUACGGAUACAAAUUCAGCGAUGCAGCCGGCUACCAAUGGCCAAUGAACGAGCAGAAGCUUUAGGUUCAGUGACACUUUCGUACAAAAGUCAGCUGUAUUGGAGUUGGCUGGGAGGGAUAAAGGAU